AUGUCAGGAGAGAAAAAAGGCAGUAAGAUUCACGUGUUUGUAAUAAAUGAUGCGAAGAAUGAUGAUUGGGAUAAGGAGGAUCUUGACGAUGCGUACAACACGGAUGGUGACACACCCAAGGGAGGCAGUCCGAAUGAUGAGGUUACUGUCGAGGGAGAUAAGUCAAAGGUGAUAAAUUUCAAAAAGAAUAAAAAAAAAGAAAUUAUAAGGCAUAAAAUGUACCAUCCCCAGGUGAAAAUUGUAAAAGUGAGUUGUGGAAAAUCCAUCAUUGGAUUCUUGUCAGUAGUUGGCAAAAUUUACUGUUGGCAUUUGAACGAUUUUGAUGAUUUUGACAAGAAUGUACCCUACUUAUUAGUGGACCCUGUUUUAAAAAAUAAAAUAAUUCACGAUGUCAGUAGUGGAGAUAAUCACAUUGCCUUUAUAUCGAAGGAGGGGGAUUUGUUCACUUAUGGGGACAACACCUAUGGACAGUUGGGCAAUGGAGAUGAUACUACUUUUGAGUAUGAGGAUGAGUUAUUAUCUACCCGUGAGUGCACACCAGAUUUAACUUCAGAAAGGGUUCAUUCGUUUUCAACCGUAGAGGAAGAUGUGGAAGGACCUAGGAACCCUGACGAGGUAGACAUGGGAACGAAAAAGAAAAAACACCAAGUGAAUAAAGUGAGUAAAGUAAACAAAGUGCACAAAGUAGAUGUAGAGAACAAUAUCGUGAAAUGUGUCUAUGCAAGGGAUAAGUAUACGCUAUACCUCACGAUCGAUGGAUUCUUAUACGGGUUCGGUUUGAUAAAUGAGCAUUUCAUCCAAGGACACAAAAAUAGAGCGAUGAAGAAAAGAAUUCUAACAAGACCAAGUCUGAUAGAUACAAAUAAUAUAGCUUUUAAGAAAAUAGCCAUUGGAAAUAAUUUCAUUCUGGGUAUCAGUUUUAACAACUCUCUCUACUCCUGGGGGGAUAAUACCAAUGGUGUAUUAGGAUACGAUGACUGUACAGAGAGUUACGAACCCAAAUUAGUUGAUAGCAUUAAAAACGUAACUUACGUUAGUGCCGGAAGGGUAAGUCUUUGCAAAACGGUAGAAGACGACUUGUACAUCUGGGGAGGGACCUACGGAUGCAAGCCUGGUAUGGUCAAAAAUAAAUUCAGCCAAAUGGUUGUUAACAAAAAUUAUAUUAUCGGCUUGUGUGCCAAGAGGAAUAUCUGGGUAAAAAGGAUAGACACAAUUUCUCAUGGGUACUACAUUAACAAUUUAAAAAUGGAUUUGCUCUGCUCCUACGAUAAUUUGAUCAUCGGUGUUGAGAAUCAUGGGCAAGGGGAAUUAGAACCCCUUCAUGCAGAUGCAAAGGUAACUAUUCAUAGCGGGUCCUUAAGGAAGGGAAAGGACCAAGUUGAAAGUACUCCACUGGGGGGAGAUGAUUUGAUACAUAUUGCAAAAGAAGAUGAAGGAGCAUCAAACUGCUCUACAGAUAAUUUGAAAGAACUUAAGGGUGUCGAAGUGGCCGACCAUGUAAACGGUGUGGAUGGCCAUUUGUCUGAUGGAAAUGUCCCCCUUCAGGAAGGAGAGGAAAGCGAACAGGAAAACUUCUCCAUUGACAAAUUCGUCAGUACAGUGCCUACCCCGGGGGAAGUGCCCCCCUCAGACCUGAGAAAAGACAUUGCUCAAAACUGUAAUGGUGAUGGAGAUAAUGAGGAUAGCACCCCCAAUGAACGCCUCACAAAUGAAGAAGAAAAAUCUAGUGAGAUCCCCCAGGUAGACUCAAAGUUAUGUUUCGACCAGAAGAAUCAAUUCGAAUAUGAAGGAAUGUCCAAAAGUGAUUUUCUCAAAGUAGAUACAACAAAUGAAUCCGAUUGUAUGGGGGAAAUGUCUCACUCAUGGAAUACGAAGAAAAAUACCUCUCAUGAGAAUGAACGAACGGGGAAUAUGUACGAGAAAUUGAUAGAUGCAGAAAGGAAGGAGAAUGAUUAUUUCGAUGAGGAAUACUAUAAUGAUGAGGAGAAGCAUUUCUUAAAAACCAACUUUUAUGGGAAACCAGAAAUUCCCAAUGUAAGUAAAAUAGGAGGAGGAGUAUCCACCAACAAGAUAGCUAAAGGGAAGGAAAAACUGAACUUAAAAUCGGCAUUGAAGAAAUUUCCUAGCAGUGAGAGACUAAAAAAGAGCGUUUCCUUUUCUAAUUACGUCUAUGAUUUUACGAAGAGCAACUACGAGUUGAUGAGCGGAGUGUCCAUCGAUGAGGAGAUGGAAGCGACGAACGAGACGGGCGCGAUGAACACAAUGAAGAGUAUAACCCCGACACACGCAACACACGAAACUCAUGCAACGCACGAAACCCACGCAACGGUAGUCGAUAGAACGAACCAAAUGGCCGAAUCUGCGCUGGGCCCUCUUCCCAUUUUCCACAAUGACCCUCCACGUGGCAAGGAAACAUGUGUGUCAGAAUAUGUCGGCGUAGAUGUAGAGGCCAACAAUGCAUGGACAACCCAUCCUCCAGAUGAAGACAUUUUUCUGAAUGGUCUUGAAAACAUGCCAAGUGGAAAUCUUUCCGAGGAUAAAUUGAGUAGCCAGUUCAUUUGGGAUGAUCCCCCACAGGAAUGUAUAUCUAUGGACCCUUCGUUAAAUGAAAAUUGCGAUAAAACUAUCGUAGGACCAAUGAGAGAAGAAGGUUGUUCUCCACCACAUGCGACUGCAAAUCGGAUUGUAAGUGAAGUCAGAGUGCAUGAAGAUAAUAUAAAAAAAGGAGAAGCGUUAGAAGGAGACACAAAGUAUAUGCAACCCCUUAUAAAUGACCCUGAUAAAGUUGGAUCAAUGGAAAAUACCCCCACCGAGAGUGUCGACACGAGGUGCACUAACUGGGGAUGCACAUUCGAAAGUAGGGAAUCCUUUCUGAGUGAAAAUUACGACAUGGAGUGGGGGCUAUCCGAAAGGGGAGCGCCAAUUAUAGAUAUUCUUAAGGAGCGGAAAAAAAACGAGAAGGCAAAAGGUAACGUGAAUAUCGAACUGAAUUACAACCAGAAUGGAAAUUUCAAACAAACAGGAGAGUACCAUAUCGUUGGUAGUAACUGUAUUGAUAAUUAUGAGCAGGUAGAUGGUGAGUCAUCUAAGACGGAAAUAGUCACUUCGGAGGAGAAAAAGUGGGGAAGAGGGUUCGACUGGAAUGGAAGUAGCUCCACGCUAAGCGGUACCACUUUAAGAGUUCAGGACACAGUUCAGCUAGCUAAAAUGAAAGGCACAGAAAACUUCUUUACACAGAACCUAAGUCAGCCUAGUAGUAUAAGCGCAACCACGAAACUGCUCGCACUAAAUAGCAAUAAUAAUGGGAAGACAGAUGAGGGGUCCAUUACCUCCAGGGUAAGCAUUUCUUUAAGGAAGAAAAAUAAAAAAUGUAGAAAGAAAUUAAAAAUAAAAUACCAUAUAUAUAAAAAAGGAAAAUGCAAGAUUAGAAAAAAGAAGCUGAAGAUUCCAAAGGAGAUGCCCCCCGUUGGUACAGAACUAACUCUAUUGCAUCCUCCUCAGGUGAAACGAAAAAAGAUAACCAAGCUGAAAACGACACCUACCCAGUUGAAGGAGGAAAAAAAGGAGAAUGAUAAAGUAGACCCCCCUUUGGUUGUAAAUAACGAUGUAAUUAGAACGAAUGUGAUUGCUCCCUUAGAUAUUUGCCAAUGCUGUGGAGGGCGCUCCCCCCAUAGUACAAACAUUCAACUGGUUGAAAAGAAAGACAAUACCCAUAAGAAGGGAUAUCCAGGAAAAACGCUACUGGAAGAUGGCUACACAAAGACCUCCUCGUCGAUGAAUAAAAAAGGUUCCACCUGCGAUGACAACCCCUCUGUGAAGGAGAAAAACAAAAAAAAAACCCUUAGGAGUGAUAACGCAACGAAAAUGAAAGCGCAAAAAACGGAGAAAAAGCAAGUCUUGCUGAUGAGCAAGGAUAAACCUGUGUGUAGCAACAAAAGUUGUGCUUUCAAGGGGGGAGCUCAGAAUGGACAAUUUUGCAUAACUUGUUCUGAUGAAAAUGAUAAAAGUGGUGCAAGUACAAAUGGUAUGUUGGUAUCCUCUACCGACCAAUGCAAAAACGGUAGGAAGAUUGGAGUAGUCAAAAUGAGGAGGAAUUCAUCCGUAUCGAACAUUUAUAACGAUGUGUAUCCAGAUGCAAAUCAGGAAAACAUAUUGAAGUGCUCCAAGUUGAAAAGAAAUAAUUAUUUUUCCGAUUCGGAGAAUAGAACCAUCUCCUCCGAACAGGCAUACUCAGGGAGUACAGCAGAUUUACACCCCAUCCGUGUAUUGUGCAAAAGUGAAUCCUCCUCCAACUGUCAUGAUAAUAGUAUAGGUGAGGUAAGCGAGAAAAAAUGGAAAGACAAUUUAGAAUGUAUUAAGCAAACUGGGAAAGGAGCAAAGAAUAUGGAAGCUUCUUUACAUUUGGGAGUAGCUCACGGAGGUAUCAAUUUGGAAAAGAAUCCCGUUAGCAGAGGUAGAAUGGAUAAUUGUGCAGGUAGAAAAUGCUCCCAUGGAAGUCAUCCUAGUUUGGAGAAAAAUACUUAUUCGAGUCAACACUUCCCUCUUAAAGGAUGCUUAAGUGGAGGGGAAGAGAUUUCCUGUGCAUGUAGUGAGAUGGAGAAGAAGAAGAGUGAUAAGAAAAAGUGCAGCAAACAUAAAUGUGGCAAACGAACAAAUGACGAACUACCAGGGGAGAGAAAAGCACAUGCAUCGGGGGGAAGCCAACUCGCUCGAAUCGAGUGGACGAGCAACCAAGACCUCUCCAGGUGCUACCACGCAGGAGAUAGCUCACCCCAAGCAAAUUCAGAAAUAGUUCUCCACGAUGAAGCGGCGCAGGCACGUGUCGAGACAGUGGAAACUAUACGCAUGUCCCUCAAGAAGAAAGUGAAAAGGAAAACCAGUGAAGGGGCACUGUGUCUUUAUAGCCCAAGUGGGUCGAAUGAAAAAAAGGUUGGAGUGUCGAAAGGGGGAAUGUCGAAAGGGGAAAGGUCGAAAGGAGGAGUGUCGAAUGAGGGAGUGUCGAAAGGGGGAGUGUCGAAUGAGGGAGUGUCGAAAGGGGGAGUGUCGAAUGAGGGAGUGUCGAAAGGGGGAGUGUCCAAAAGGGGAGUGUCCAAAAAAGGGAAGCAAAAAGAAAGCGCAGAGAGCUUCUCCAUUUCCAGUAAGGAUUCCACCAUCAAAUGCAAUAGGAAGAUUGAUUCACGGAGUGGGUCGAGGGGUAGCGCGAAAGCUGGCAAAAUGAACCAGGUGGGGAAUGAACAAGUAAUUGCGCUAAGUGACAAGGAGGAGGAGAAGCAGAAAAAAAUAGAAAACACCAUUAAAGGGAUAAGGGUCGAUUCGAAGAAUUGCAAGGGGAGGGAUGUUCUGAAAAAACUAGGUAGACAAAUCAGACGAAUGAAAAACGACAUUGCUCUGGAUAGAGACUCAGACAAAGUGGAAAGAAGAAAAGGAAGAGAACAGAACGAUGAGGGAGAAUUCAAAAGACAAAUUGAACUCAUCGAUGGGGGUUACUGCGCAGAAGAAAAGGAGGAAUGCAAACGGUUGUACGAAAGAGUGAAAGGAAAACUACGUACUGAUCAUGUAGACGGAGAGAUAAUCUCCCUGGGGAUGGAAAAAAAACGCAUGAAGAAACUGCUGAAAGAUGUACAAUACAUUUAUAAAGAGUACAAGUAUAUUAAAAAAGAGAAGGAAGAAAAUGAGAGGAAAAAAAAUUAUUUAAAAAAGGCUUUGGAGAACACUGUUAUGAAAACGAACCAAGUGAUCAGACUAAACAAAAGCUCCUUCCAAAUUUAUAUGGACAAAAUGAGAAAAGAAAAUUUAUUUUUAAAAAAUGAAUUAGAUGAAGAAUCUCACCAACAUCACUACGACCUCCAGCAGUUAGUCAACAAAAUUACGCACUUGGAAAAUGCCAAAGAUAUGAUAGCUAGACAGAAUGAUGAAGUCAGCAAAAGGAACAUGGAUCUAACCGUUGAGUGUGAAAAAUACAAAAAGAGAGAAGAAGAAAUGAGAAACACUAUUGAUAGUUAUAAGGAAAAUUUAGAAAAGGAAAAAAAAAAAAAAAAAUACAUUUUGCGGAAGAUUGAAAAUUCCUUGAGGAGGUGGGAAGUAGAUUACAACGAGCUGAAGGAGAAAUACAACUCGGUGAGGGCGCAGAAUGGGGAACUGCUCAAGCGUAGCGAUGAAUUGGCUAAGCGGAACGAUGAUCUGGUGCAACGAAAUGAUGAUCUGGUGCAACGAAAUGAUGACUUGGUACAACGAAAUGAUGACUUGGUACAACGAAAUGAUGAUCUGGUACAACGGAACGAGGAACUACGCGAGGAUGUACGUGCAUUGCGUAGAGAACUACACACCAGGAAAGGCGUAGUAGGAGGGAAUGGUGCACAAGAAGUUGACGGAUUAAGUGAGAAAUGGACCCCCUCCAAAAGGGAUACAGCUCCUACCGCAGUUAUGAAUAAUUCUAAUGGUAGUAUGUUAGAGGAUCUGUCCAUUCGCGCCAGCAGUAAGAAUAGCACCAAAUGGACUCAUGGUAGAUAUCCUCUUAGUGACCAAUCCAGAGAAGACAAUAAAUCAAAGCAAAUUGAAGAGAAGGAGCAGUUGAAUUCGGAAGAGGAGAACAUUCACAAGGGGGAAGCUUUAUCAAUCCAUUUAGCAUUCCUAAAGGAUAAGUUAAAGGAAAAAUACAAGAAUCCCUCAAAGGAGGGAGAAUUCCUGGUGGAUCCCAUCCUGGAAGGGAUAAUUCAAAUGGCUCUUAAUCAUUUGGGAAAACAGAGCGAAGGAAGGAGUAGUGGCCAGUCGGCGGGAAGCGAUGCACAUCUGCGUAGUGCAUAUCCGAAUGGUGAACAUCCAAAUGUCGAGGCUAAUAUGCUAAACACUGUUAGUUCGGAUAGAAUGAGGAAUAUGGAGAGAAGUGCUACUGCCCGCGGAGAAGACUCAAAAAACGAAAAUCACAAGUUCAUCAUGCAACAGGUGGAGGAAGGAAUGACAGCCAUCGAUGGAAUAAAACAAAAGUACACAUACGAAAAUGAAGGGGAAGCUACCCUCACACAACCAGUGCAAGGGCACCAUAUCACGAGCAACGAAACUACAGAGUCGAGAACAGAUACUUGUGAUACGCUGUCCAGUGAAAUGCAUGUGGAAUCCGAAGAUAGCUUUGCUCUACAGACGGUCACGCGAGAGGGGAAGUUAGAAAGAGCAAAGAAAAAAUCUACAAAGGGGGAGACACAAAAAUUGAACAGGCGUAAGAUGAAUUACACCCCCUCUGCAAACCUCACAGGAUUGAAACCCGCAAUGCAUAAUGCUAUACACUCCGACUUGCCCAAUGAAAGGACCGAAAAUGUAAAUAGCAUGAAUGAUCCGAGUGGACCAUGUGGAAUAGUCCAGUGGGUAGACGACGAUGGGGAAGCAAGCCAAACAGAUGAUCAACAUAUAGUAAGUGGACACCUGGAAAGAAAAAAAAAAAAAAAAAAAAAAAAACUUCACAGUGGAAAAGAUAACUAUAACGAUGGAGAAACACACGGGGUGAACGAGUACCCCCUCGAUGAGCGCCUUUUAAAAACGAAGAUUCGAGAUCUCAACGAGAAGAGUGUUCCCAAGGAAGAGGGUGUAAACGAGUCCACUUCGCCAUCGAACGAGAUUAUCACAAAGACCCUUUCAAAAAAAAACACACAAUUAAAAGAAAUCCAAAAGAACGAUUUUCUUUUGCUCCAUGAUACGAACAGGAUAAAUAAAAGCAAUACAUUUGACCAAGUCACCACAGAGGGCGAUUCUUCGACAGAAAGGAGGAAGGAGGUGAUCCAUCCUGUGGAUGGUAAAAAUGUAAUGCGGGGAGUCACCGAUCAUACGCACAAGCAGAACAGGCAAGGUGGCAAUUCGAAGGAGAAGAAGAAGGAACUGAAUGCAAUGUUGGAUUCUAUUUUCGAUACAUCCUCGGACCACUCAUCCAUCAGUGCAAACAUGAUGAGUAUUCAGAGCUUGAUUGAGAACAACCUCAAAAAUAUUUUCAGCGUGCAAGAUUAG